AUGAAUUUAAAAUUUGGAUUACAUUUAGAAUCAUCACAAUACUUAUCAUCUUUUAUUUAAGAAGACAAGAUUGUGUAUUUUAAGGAUUUAGAUUAAGGGAAAAGGAACUUUUGGCAAUCAUUAUUUUAUACUAGAUAUCACGAAGAUUAACUAUUUCAAACUUAACAAACAUAAUCAAUAAAUAAACAGGAUAUCUUAUAAUAAAAAUAAAUCUACAAUAAAUAUCAAAAUUUUAUGUUAAUUAAGGAAUAACUCAAAAUGAAUUUAUAUCCAAUAGAUGAAAAAGUAUAUUAUGAUUAUGUGUAUUUUGAUGGGGAAGAGUAAAAAAUAGGAAUAAUAUAUUUGCAAUUGAUUGUGAAAUGGUGUUGA